UUUUAGUUUGUUUGAAAAAAAUAUAUAUUUUUUUUUUUAUAAUAUCUUAAUUUUAACUUUCUAUCUGAUAUAUUAAAAAUUAUAAGAUUAAAGAAUAUUUUAAUAUAUUUAAUAUAAUUUUAAUUUAAAAAGCUAAGUUAAAGUAGUUCAUUUUUAAAAAACGAAGGGAGUGUAUAAUUAUGCCUAAAGUUAAAGGUCUAAAUUAUAUAAAAUUAUUUUCAUUAGUAACUUCUGACGGCGAAGGUGAGCUCCGGCGGCCGUGAUAAAAGAAAGAUAUCCAUUUCCGUCCUAAUGAACCCAAUCCGCAGACUCUCAUCGACCUUUCCCAAAAUACUCCUCAUAAACCCAACCUUCUCCGCCGCCCGCCGGUGGUUAUCGACCAAAAGCGGCAACGACGAGUGGAACGAUGCAUGGGAAGCUGCAUGGCUUCCCGACGAUCUCUCCGGAAAGAAUCGAGCUCCAUGGGAAACCGACAUAAAUUUCGCACUUCCCUACGACACCAGUAACACUGCCAAAAAUACCCAAAUUGACCCUAGGGUUACGGAAGUUGAUGCGGAAACUAAAGCAUUUGUAGAGGACAUGAAUGAGAAUUGGCACUUAAGGAAGGGGAAACAGCAGAAAAGUAGUAGUGAUAAUGCCCUAAAUUUGAACGAAAAUGAAAGUUUGCUUUAUAGUUUGGAGAAUAUAAAGAGGGAUUAUAGGUUGAAGAAGCAGAAAGUACAUGCGGGUUUGUGGUUGAAGGAGAUUGAGAAGAUGGAAGAGUCUAUGCUAGGAGAUUCUAUAGGUGUUAUCGGCGAUGGUGAUGAUAUUGAAAAGCUUCUCGAUAGCUGCUCAGAG